ACGUUUUUCAGAGGGCGCUGCAUGAACGUACAGCUUCUAUAUAAGAGUUCUGGAAAACCUUACAAGCACAGAUAAAAGUUUAAAGAAAAAUAUGUCUCUUGCUCAGAUUUCAGCUGCUGCAACUUCACGACCGAAGCCUACUCGUCCCACUGCUAAUUUUCUUCCCACCAUAUGGGGGAAUCAGUUCCUUAAAGAUGAUUCUGAAUUCAAGAAAUUUGAUCCCACAACUCAAGAAGAACAUGAACAACUGAAAGAAGAGGUAAAAAGGAAAAUAAUAGAUACUGCAGAUUAUACGCCACUUCAGAAAUUGAAUUUGAUUGAUACAAUACAGAAGUUAUGUGUGGCCUAUAACUUUGAAGAAGAGAUAGAAGAUACUCUGCAAAAAAUUUAUCAGGAUUGUCACAUUGAUCAGUAUAAUGAUCUGCAAACUGUUUCUGUGUAUUUUCGGCUACUUCGACAACAAGGAAUUAGAGUUUCCUGUGAUGUAUUUACAAAGUUCAAAGAUGAUGACGGGAAAUUCAAGUCAUCCAUGAUGGAUGAUGUCCAAGGAAUGCUGAAUUUGUAUGAGGCAGCACACUUUGCUAUUCAUGGCGAAGAUAUUCUGGAUGAAGCCCUCGCUUUCACCACCACUCACCUUAAGUCAAUGAAACCUCGUGUAAGCCCUGAACUUGUAGAAGAAAUAAAUCAUACUUUGAGAUUUCCUAUCCGUAAGAGCGUACCAAGGAUUGAGGCAAGAUUUUUCAUGUCCACCUAUCCAAGAGAUGAUUCUCACGAUAAAACUUUGCUUAAAUUUGCCAAAUUGGACUAUAACAUACUACGGGUGAGCCACCAGAAGCAACUCAGUGAAAUCUUACGGUGGUGGAAAACUUCAGGGUAUACUAAAAAGCUGCCUUACAUUAGAGACAGAACGGCGGAGAUAUAUUUUUGGAUGCUGGGAGUGUUCUUUGAGCCAAAAUAUGCGUAUGGCAUAAGAAAAUUGACAGAAGUUUUCGCUUUGCAAACCCUCUUAGAUGAUACAUAUGAUUCAUAUGGUACACUUGAAGAACUCACACUGUUUACACAAGCAAUUAGAAGAUGGGACAUUGCCGCCAUAGAUACACUUCCAGACUACAUGAAAUUCAUUUACAAGACAAUCUUUGAUAUUUUGGGCGCCAUUGAGGAAGAUAUGAUUAGGCAAGGAAGACCAUACAGCAUAAGUUAUCCAAAAAAGUUGGUGCAAAGCGUGGUAGAAGCAUAUUAUACUGAAGCCGUAUGGUUCAAUAGAGGUUACUUUCCAUCAUUUGAGGAAUAUAUGAAUGUUGCAAUGGAAACUGGUGGCUGCCGAUUUCAAAUGUCGAUUGCCUUCAUUGCCUUGUGUACAAGGGAAGAGGAUUUGGAGUGGCUGUGCUCUGUUCAGAAGAUUGUAAUAGCAGCAAAUAUUAUGGGCAGGCUCUUGAAUGACAUAGCCUCGCACAGGUUUGAGCAAAAGAGAGGGCAUAUUCCCUCGGCUGUUGAAUGCUACAUGAAGCAGCAUGGUGUUUCUGAAGAGGAGACAAUUAGGGUGUUGCUGGAACAAGUUGCAGACGCUUGGAAAGAUGUGAAUGAGGCUAUGCUUAAACCAACUGCCGUAUCAAUGACUCUACUGGAACGAAUUUUCAAUUUUUGUCGUAUUGUCGAAUUUCUAUACAAAGAUCAUCGUGAUGGCUUCACCGAUUCUACUAAGAUUGAAGAUCAAGUUGUCUCGUUGCUCAGGGACCCAAUACUUUGAAGAUGAUCGAUCUCUAUUAGUAUUAAAUUAAACUCUCCUUAUGGAUGUAUCCUCUUAUUUUAAGUUAACAUUUUGGGUUCUAUUUACCCAAUUCAAUAAAAUUUUUAAUAAUAUUACAGUCAUGCAUACGUAA